UCUCCGUCAACCACAGCUAACUUCAAAUAAUAAAAAUAAUAAUAUCUCCCCAUUCAUAAUACCGAACGCCGUCAUUUUCUAGGGUUUCGACCUCUGAUCCCCCUUUUGGGGGGCGAAAUCUGUAAAUUAUGGAUUGGCGAUCGAGGUAUGGCGGCGGAUGGGCGAGGCGAGCGAUCGGGCGAGCUCAUGUCAGAGAAGGUGGACGGUCAAGAAACAGUACGAGUGUUUCAAAGAUUGCUUCAAAUUCUAUUAAUCAUAAUGAAUCCCCACUUCAAGGACGCCCGGUUGCCUCUGAGUCGCAGAGAUGCUCAUCUAAGAAGGUUACUGGAACAAUCAAAUCACUAAUACAUGAAGAGACGUCAAUGGAAACAAAAGUUGGCCAGUCCUCACAAAGUGUAAUUGCGAAACUGAUGGGUCUUGAUUCAUCCCCGCCUCCAAAGAUAUUCAAACAACCGGGGAUUAGACAUUCUUUACCGAAACCAACAUACAGAUAUCCUAAAAUCCAUUCAUCUGGGAAGAGAAGCAAUGAGCACCGAGCAUUCCAAGAUGUCACUGAAAUCAGGGAUCCAGUAAGAGCUGAGAAACAAACAAAUCAGCCUGGUGUUAAGCGGGAUUCACAUUUAGACAAAGAUAAUACAGACAUGUCCUUUGUAAGGCAAAAGUUUAUGGUGGAAGCAAAUCGUCUCUCAACUGAUGAAACUCUUCAAGGCUCCAAAGAGUUCAACGAUGCAAUAGAAGUGCUUGAUUCAAGUAAAGAUCUUUUUCUAGACUUUCUAGACAAGCCCAAUUCCUUGUUCACAAGUGAUCGACAUAAUCUGAAGACUUGUCCACCAGCUCAACGUGAAGACCACAUCACAAUAUUAAGAGCAUCAAAAAGUAAAACAGGUGAAACUGAUGAUGUAUCAUGUAGAUCAGAGGUAAAGUAUGGGAGUUGCACUCAAAUGCAAAAAGAUGCUAUAAGUACAUCAAGAAAGCCAGUUACCAACCUCUUCAAUCACCUGUUUAAGUUUGCUUAUUAUUCAUGGGACUUUAUCUUAUACUGUGAUCAUUCUGUUUCAGAAGGUGGACGGUCAAGAAACAGUACGAGUGUUUCAAAGAUUGCUUCAAAUUCUAUUAAUCAUAAUGAAUCCCCACUUCAAGGACGCCCGGUUGCCUCUGAGUCGCAGAGAUGCUCAUCUAAGAAGGUUACUGGAACAAUCAAAUCACUAAUACAUGAAGAGACGUCAAUGGAAACAAAAGUUGGCCAGUCCUCACAAAGUGUAAUUGCGAAACUGAUGGGUCUUGAUUCAUCCCCGCCUCCAAAGAUAUUCAAACAACCGGGGAUUAGACAUUCUUUACCGAAACCAACAUACAGAUAUCCUAAAAUCCAUUCAUCUGGGAAGAGAAGCAAUGAGCACCGAGCAUUCCAAGAUGUCACUGAAAUCAGGGAUCCAGUAAGAGCUGAGAAACAAACAAAUCAGCCUGGUGUUAAGCGGGAUUCACAUUUAGACAAAGAUAAUACAGACAUGUCCUUUGUAAGGCAAAAGUUUAUGGUGGAAGCAAAUCGUCUCUCAACUGAUGAAACUCUUCAAGGCUCCAAAGAGUUCAACGAUGCAAUAGAAGUGCUUGAUUCAAGUAAAGAUCUUUUUCUAGACUUUCUAGACAAGCCCAAUUCCUUGUUCACAAGUGAUCGACAUAAUCUGAAGACUUGUCCACCAGCUCAACGUGAAGACCACAUCACAAUAUUAAGAGCAUCAAAAAGUAAAACAGGUGAAACUGAUGAUGUAUCAUGUAGAUCAGAGGUAAAGUAUGGGAGUUGCACUCAAAUGCAAAAAGAUGCUAUAAGUACAUCAAGAAAGCCAGUUACCAACCUCUUCAAUCACCUGCAUAAGGAAGACAGUGUUUCUCUGUCAUAUAAAUUGUUAAAAUCACGAAAUGGAAAAACCAAUACUAAAGUUCGAUCUUCUAGGGUAGCUGUUCUAAAGCCCAAUUUGGGAAAGACCCAAAAUAUGGGAAGAAGUGUUUCUCAUCCUUCCCAUGAGAAAUAUCCAUGUGGCUAUAGAAGGCAUAGGGAAUUUCAGCAGUCUGGAAUUCAAGAAUCAUUUGCUGAAGGAAGGGAGCAAUGGAAUUUGUUUGAUAAUAUGGAAGUGAUGUCACAGAGAAAAGUGGGUUCAAGAGGAAUUGCUAGAGAAAUCAGAAAACAAAUGAAAUGCCCAUUAAAUAGUUGUUCAGACAAGAUGCUGUUUUCUAGCUUCAACAGACACACAAAGGAUGACAGCUCAUGUGCACUUGCAGGCAUGCACGACUCGAACAAAUUUGGGAGAUUUCAACGGAAUCUGGACAACUUUGAUUACUGGAGUAGAGCCUCAAGCCCCUCAAGUUCUUGUUCAAGUGAAUCAUCUUUUGGCAGGGAGGCCAGAAAACGCCUAUCUGAACGAUGGAGGAUGACCAAGGCGAAUGAGGCAAAAUGUGUUGGUGGAGGCUCAAGCACUUCAGGUGAAAUGAGUGCUAUAUCUGACAGAAAAUUUCCAAAGGAGAAUCUGGAAUCAGUUAAAGUACAGAAAGUUUCAGAUGAACAGUUUCACUCUUUUGGCGUUAGCAGUGGAGAUGGCCUGAUGGAAGAAUGCUUUACAAAUCUGCCCAGAUCCCCAUCUAUUUCAGCUUCAUCACCUGUUCAUGGCAUGCCUAAAUCAAGCAGACAGCAUGUUGCUGAUGGUGAUAGCAGUUAUACGCUUAAAGAUGUCCUCAACGUGGGAGAGGUUGAGUCUUCCCUAGGGACCUUAAGUCCGAGACGAAGAUCGUCAAGAAAGAGCUUCAAGUUUCAAACUUACAAGCCUCAUCUUAGUCCAAGUGGGGAGGAAAAUAAGCUGCCUGUAAUAGAGAUUCAUGUUAAUCAGGAAGAACAGAGGAAUGAGAUUUAUGUUUCUGAUUCUUCUAAAGUGCAUAUACUUUCCAAGUUUUCUGAAGAAUUUGUUGCCAGCUCCAGUCACCUGAUUGACAGUUCUUUAGUCACAGAAUCAUUGACUGUAGGAAUGCUAUCCACAACUAGUGAGGGAAAUGUAGAGCAACCAGCACAGAAGUGGGAAUCUUCUGCUAUUGGUUAUAUGGAUGGAGUUAUAGAGGACACAUUACCAAGGCAUCUUCAAUUAGAUUCUGCUCCUUCUGAGUGUAGUGAAUCAGGAUCUGACUCCAUGACAAGCUCCAGAGAUGCUGAGCAACAAAGCCCUGUCUCUGUCCUUGAGCAUUCAUCAAAUGAAGGCCUGUCAAACCCACACUAUUUCGGGAGGGCCAGUGCCGGUCUUCAAGAACUCCGAAUGCAACUGCAUCUUCUCAGGUUGAAAUCAGAUAAAUACAACAGAGAAUGUAAAACUCCUGCUUUGAGUGAGGAUUGCAUUGGAGAGAUACUAUUGGCGUAUAAAAAUGAAGAAGACAGAGACUAUUCAUACCUAGUCGAUAUUAUCAAUUUGGGCAUCUAUGGUGCAGAUCAAGAUAUUCUUUUGAGUACUUCUUGCUCUACAAAGCAUUCAGUGGACUUCAAUGUGUUUGAAAAGCUUGAAGGGAAAUAUGGGCUGCUUGUAGAAUGGUCUAGAUUAGAUAGAAGGUUACUGGAUGAUCUCAUUAGCUCCAGUCUAACCGAGAUCCUCUCUUCAGGGAGAAAGCUUGAGCUGGUAGGUGAUAGGCUCAUUGAAGAGGUGUGGCAAAUGUUGGUCAGAAAACGAAAAGAAUUAAGUCGACCAAAACCAGAGGAGAAGUUCUUGGAUCCAAGGUGGUUAGAUGUCGGAGAUGAUAUUGAGACAAUAGGAAGAGAGAUUGAGAGUAUGUUGGAGGAUGAUCUUUUGGAAGAGGUUGUGUUCGAUCUUUUAAUAUUGAGUACCAGUAGAGAAUAAAGUCGUGCUUGAAAUGUCUAUAAGGCCAUCUCAAGGUCAACGACUUUAAAGGAAAAGAAAAGGAUCGAUGGAGUCAGAAUGUUAAGGAAAGGCAUGUUCGUUUGCAUUUUUUUUUUUUUUUGUCAGGAGAUGAUCUUGAGACGGUAGAAGAGACAUCUAAGGGUAUGUCAGAGGAUGAUCUUUUGGAAGAAUUUGUCUGGGUUUAAAUUGGAUCAGUCUUUCACAGUUGAAAGUAUGAGAGAAAGACAAGGUCAUCAUAAUUUUGAUGACUUUAAGGGAAAAGAGGAAAAAAAGAAUCAGAUGUAAAAAAAAAAAAAA